AUGGCAGACGAGACUGUUGAUGUCAAGAUGCAAGAUACUAGCAAGCCGGAUGUGGGUGAAGAACUAGAACGAGAGACAGAUUCCUCAGAGUACGUUGAAAUGUGGAUCGAUUUGUUUCUAAGUAGAAAAGGAAAUGAAUAUUUUUGUGAUAUCGAUCCAGAUUACAUUACCGAUAGAUUCAAUUUGAUGAACUUACAGAAAACUGUCACUAAAUUCACACAAGUUAUACAGUAUAUCAUUGACGAAUUAGAUGAAAGUAUCUUAGAGAAAUUAUCACCAACUAAAUUAGAACAAUUAGAGGCAGAUGCACGUAAGGUGUAUGGUUUAGUACAUGCCCGUUAUAUCAUUACUAUAAAAGGCCUCCAAUCGAUGCUAGAGAAAUACAAAGACGCCGACUUCGGGAGAUGUCCAAGAGUAUACUGUAACUUCCAACCACUUUUACCAAUGGGUCUAUACGACGUUCCUGGUAUGGACAGUGUCAAGCUAUAUUGCCCAUCUUGUGAGGACCUGUACCUUCCAAAAUCGUCAAGACACAACACUGUUGACGGUGCUUACUUCGGUACAAGUUUCGCAGGUAUGUUCCUACACACUUUCCCAGAAACAGUCCCAAAACAUCCAACCAAAAAAUACGUUCCAAAGAUAUUUGGAUUUGAAUUGCACAAACAAGCACAAUUAGCUCGUUGGCAGGAACUCCAAAGACUGAAAUUGGAGAAACAUUUACAAGAAAUCGACGUCGACUUGUCGAAGAACGGAGGAUUCAAAAACUAA